CGGACAGGACUAACUUCUUUGGGAGUAAUGGCCAAUCGCUGAGCAGUGAUGAGAGAAAGAGCUUUGAGUGGGAAGCCCUGGAAAGCUGGUUUAAAAUAUUAAAUCAGAAAAGCAGUGUUUUCUAACAAUGAACACUCUAGCAAAUGCAAGGCCCUGGAGGCACAGACGAUUCAAUGUUUAAACCAGGGUGUACUUGCAGGAGGUUACUGGAGAGAAGGAAGGUGGACCAGCAGUUCCCACAGAAUGCCUUAUACUGUAAAGCUCCUUUUGUUGAUUUUUUGCUUGGUCCUUCUUGGGGAGAGCAGAAAGCACAGGAGGAAGAGAUGGACAGGACAGAUAGAGAUGCAGAAGACAAGUCACAUUUAUAAAAAGAAUCACGACAUAACAAAAAUUCGGAAAGGAAAAACUGAACAUCUUCUGAGGGUAGAUGACCAUGAUUUCACCAUGAGACCUGCCUUUGGAGGCCCUGCUAUUCCUGUUGGGGUUGAUGUACAGGUUGAAAGCUUGGACAGUAUUUCUGAGGUCGAUAUGGAUUUUACAAUGACAUUGUAUCUGAGGCAUUACUGGAAGGAUGAGCGUCUUGCCUUUCCCAGUCAUACUAAUAAGAGCAUGACUUUUGAUGGAAGGCUCGUGAAGAAGAUCUGGGUACCUGAUGUCUUCUUUGUUCACUCUAAAAGAUCCUUCAUUCAUGACACAACUACUGACAAUAUCAUGUUGCGGGUGUUCCCAGAUGGCCAUGUGCUCUAUAGUAUGAGGAUCACAGUGACAGCAAUGUGCAACAUGGACUUUAGCCGUUUUCCACUAGAUUCCCAGACCUGUUCUCUGGAGCUGGAAAGCUAUGCUUACACAGAUGAAGAUCUGAUGCUCUACUGGAAAAAUGGGAAUGAAUCACUGAAAACAGAUGAGAAGAUUUCCUUAUCUCAGUUCUUAAUACAAAAAUUUCAUACAACCUCUAGGCUCGCUUUCUACAGUAGCACAGGCUGGUACAAUCGCCUCUACAUUAGCUUCACUUUACAUCGCCAUAUCUUCUUCUUCUUGCUCCAAACAUACUUUCCUGCCACUCUUAUGGUCAUGUUGUCCUGGGUGUCCUUCUGGAUAGACCGCAGAGCUGUGCCUGCAAGAGUUUCCUUGGGAAUAACAACGGUGCUGACAAUGUCUACUAUCAUCACUGGUGUCAAUGCCUCCAUGCCUCGGGUUUCCUACAUCAAAGCUGUGGACAUUUACCUCUGGGUCAGUUUUGUGUUUGUCUUCCUCUCAGUCAUAGAGUAUGCAGCAGUGAACUACCUGACCACAGUACAAGAGCGAAAACAGCGGAAACUGCGAGAGAAGUUUCCAUGUACUUGUGGAAUAUCGUCAACAAAAACUGUGCUGCUCGAUGGUACCUACAGUGAGUCAGAUGUCAGCAGCCUAGAAAGAUACGCAAGAGGCCAGAUAGUGACUGAGGAGGAUAAGCAAGACAAGAUGGUGAUCCAUUUGACCAUGAAUAACGAGUCUAAUUCAUCAAGGAAGAAAGGGCUCAAAGGAUAUGUGAGCCUUCGUAUCAUCCAGAACACUCAUGUUAUUGAUAAUUACUCAAGGUUAAUAUUCCCAGGCACCUAUAUAUUUUUUAACUUGGUAUAUUGGUCUGUCUUCUGCUGAAUAUAUGGAAGCAGUGGGGAGCCAGGAGUCAUUUACAAGAGAGAGAUGAGUGACAAAUUUAUUUCUCCUGUUGCACCUUUGGAACAUGAAAGUACUGCACUUCACAAACUUGUACUGGAUACCACUCACUUGUGCCAUUUAAUUACUGCUUGCAAUCAUUUCUUAAUUUAUGUCAGUCUCAUAUUUCAUACUUGAAACUAGAACCUGUUGACAUUGGUACUGCAUGCAUCCUGGGCACCUGCAGUACAUCUAAGAUUGCCAAGCCAACUCUUCAACAAUAAGAGGUGUGGAGGAAGAGAUCUGACCUGCUACGUGAAUUUAAUGGGUACUG